CCGGACCUUCCAACCUCUCGGGAAACGCGAAUUCGAGCUCGACACCUUUUCUCGCGCUCUCGAUCCGACUCGUUGGCCGGCGUUGCAACCUACUCCGAUAGUAGGAAGCUAACGGACCGCGACGCGUUCACCGAGUACCCCCAAUUUCACUCGUCGUCGCCCAGAAUACGAGGGAAUCGGCUGAGAUGGAAAGAAAGAGACCUUCCAAGGAUACAAAAACCGAGACCGAUUAUGGAGCGAUGGAGUACGAACUCGAGGAGUCUCCUUCUUGGAAGUUCUGGAAGAAGAGAAGAUACGUCGUGGGCAUCCUCGCUUUUUUCGGCUUCUUUAACUCUUAUAUAUUGCGAGUUAACUUGAGCGUGGCCAUUGUCGCUAUGACGGCGAACAACUCUAGAGUCGACGAAAAUGGAGAGAUCUAUUACGAACAAGAAUUUCCCUGGGACUCAAAAAUCCAAGGUUUGGUUUUGAGUUCCUUUUUUUACGGAUACAUAAGUACGCAAUUGCUAGGUGGCUGGUUGGGCGCCCGUGUGGGUGGGAAAAGGGUUUUUGGAAUCGGAAUCGCAGCAACGGCUCUAUUGACUCUCAUCACUCCACCACUGGCCAGGGCGGGCGUGUACGUUCUGGUCGCAUUGCGCAUCGUCGAGGGAAUAUGCGAGGGUGUAACGUAUCCUUGCAUCCACGCCGUAUGGGCGAACUGGGCUCCACCCCUGGAGCGCUCAAAGUUAGCGACCCUGGCGUUCUCCGGAAGCUUCGUCGGGACCGUCUUCGCCAUGCCUAUUUCCGGCAUCAUGGCGGAAUAUCUCGGCUGGGAGUCCGUAUUUUACUCCUUCGGAGCCGUCGGUAUCGUCUGGUUCAUCGCUUGGUGGGUCGUGGUCUACGAUAAGCCGGAGGACGAUCCGCACAUAUCAAAGCUUGAACUGGAGUACAUCAAGGCAUCCUUGGGAGACGUGGAGAAGAAACACAUUUCGCAUCCCUGGAAGGAAAUGCUGACUUCGGCGCCAGUAUGGGCCAUCGUGGCAGCCCAUUUCAGCGAGAACUGGGGCUUUUACACGAUGCUUACUCAACUGCCCACGUUUAUGAACGACGUGCUGCACUUCAAGCUGGAGAAGACCGGGUUCUUGUCGGCCCUGCCGUAUCUGGUAAUGGCGAUCGUGCUCCAGUUUUCCGGUCAUUUGGCGGAUUACCUGAGAUCAAAGAAAAUCCUGACGACAACUCAGGUGCGGAAGGCGUUCAAUUGCAGUGCCUUCCUCUGUCAGACGAUUUUCAUGAUUUGUGCUGCACUGGUCAUGACGCCAACCGGAGCCGUCACCUGCAUCGUCAUAGCUGUCGGUCUUGGAGGUUUCGCCUGGUCUGGAUUUAGCGUUAACCACCUGGAUAUUGCACCGCGCCACGCGAGCGUUCUCAUGGGGAUAGGUAAUACGGUGGCCACUCUCCCAGGAAUCGUCAGUCCUAUCAUAACUGGAUACAUUGUGCAAAACAAGUCCGCAGCCGAGUGGAGGAUAGUCUUCAUAAUCGCUGGCUCGAUAUACCUGGUGGGUGCCGUAAUUUACGGUGUCUUCGCCUCGGGGGAACGACAACCUUGGGCGGACGAGUCGACCACGGCGAGCGACGCAAGCGGAAAAGUGCCGACCACCUAUGACAAUGCUGCCUUGGAAGCGGACAAUUUGUGAGCCGAGCGGACUAUUUCCGAUUUGACGAGGACUGCCGGGUUCGCAUCCGUGUCCGAUUACGUAACGAGUCCACCCUGCACGUGGAGGGAAGCGUACAAUUGAGUGCAGGACAACAUGGAAGCGCAAUUUACCGUCCCUUAGAGGAUACGGUAUUUUUCGCCAACCAGGUGGUGCGAACGAGUUCACGAAAGUCCUUCGUCACAAGGUCCUAGUUCCAUUAGACGAAACGUCUCUAGCAUCCCGGUACUUCUCGUUUCCUGCACGCGAGACUACAACUGGCGAACAAUUGAAGAGGAUAAGAAAGAAAAAGGAAGAAAUAAGAAACACACGCCGAGGAAGUAGUUCAUUGUUACGGAGGUAACUCGUCAGCUCGUUCGAGUUGUCGCGACAAUGCGCGACGCGAAAGAGUCCUCGAGGUCUUCCCGGUGACGAUCCCAUCGAACACUGGCCAUUUCCGUAAGGAAUAAUCAUAUUUUAAUGACGCAUUGAUUGUACAAAUGGAUUCUUCGUAAACAUUUGCAAGUAACCGAAGAACAACAAUAAAAUCCAUAUAAUAAUUGUUUCGUUACAGUAAGACUUGUAAUAAUAUCCGUAUCGUCGCCGAACCCUUGUAAUUAAUAAUACGCGCUGACGAAGGAAGAAUUUCGAAAAGAUACGCCCCUCUCCCCUUUCGCCGGGAAAUAUCUUCAGCUUCACCCCUUCGCUCCGACGCACGCAUACGCACACACACACACUCUCUCUCUCUCUUUUAUCAGUCGAUCACACGAUUAAGUCCGACGUAAUGUCUCCUCUUAUCCGGCGCACCGUGCGGUUCGUAUUCCGUCUCGGCCUCCGGAAAACCCUUUAGCCCCACCACCCGAAACUCGGUCCUCGAUAUAUUCUCAACGAUAGCGAUAAAUUUCUUAUGUCAAUAAAAUUUCUGGAAGAAUCUCAAUAAUAUCUGAUAAUUCAAUAAUCUGUUACAGCACGGGCGAAUACGUGAAAUCGGAUACUAGGCCCAACCAUUCGAAGGCUUUCCAGCGAGAGAGCUCAGGCAUUUGCCCGUUCCUCAGGGAAAUCCCAUUCCACCGAUCGCGGAACGAUCUUAGACAGUAAACGAAAGCGGCAAUUGAUAAGAGUAGAGCCGACUUUAAGUCGACGGCUAUCCGAAGUCUUGCGAUUCCGGUCAAUCCCGGUUAAUUCCGUAAUGCGAGUUCUCCUCGAGAAGGGCCUACGAAGGCGAGUCCCCUCUCCUAGUAAGUAACCCUUCGAAGGUCUUACGCCCUGGGACGCCGUUUUUUUCCUAUUCUUUUUUUCUCUCUAGCCGUCCCACUAUCUUAUGUUUCAAAGAUACGCACAAACUGUCCACGUGACUUUCCACAGGGCCUGGAAAUAAUCGGCGGACCUCGAGUGGAUAUCUAUUAGGUUGUCCCAUAAGUUCCUUCCGCAUCGUGUAUUCAUGUCCUAUGAAAAAAAGGGAAGCAACUUAUGGGACAACCUAAUAUCUUUCGAGCGAGCCUUGCGACUGGGACGACCGGCACCAUCGGCCGGUUAGCAUCUUGGCAGAUGCAAAUCAGGAUAUUAAAUACAGGAAAAGAGUUUUGGCACGCGUUAACGCGAGUCUCUCGCUCCUUAGCUCUCUCGGUCGAACGCGCUCUCCGCGAGAAUUAAUGCGGCACGAUUUUUAAUAGAUUAGAUAGCAGGAUUACUCGAGCGACGAGAAAUCUUCCCACUGAUGCCUCUAUCUUACUCUUAUGGAUUAUUUAACUUGGCAUAGGGUCCUUCCGCACGCUUUUAAACCGAUGUCGAGCCGACGUCUCUCGCCCUCGGGACUGUCCUUUGAGGUCUUUCUGCAUAGAUAAGGUUUAGUUAAGGUGACUUCGAAACUUAAGCACUAACCCCUGAAGGGAUCCGAGACUCGUUAAUGGACGGUUCUCCAGGAAACCGGGGGCAAAUUAUGGAGAACCUUCGGAUACGGGGACGCAAGAACGCAAGGGAGGGUUUCUUUUACGGGGCAGAUACUUGGAGUUUCUCGUCAUCUUAAUCUAGAUUCACCUUACAAGGAAGGUAUCCCAGGUC